CAUUGCCCCAGGGGAGGUCCCCGUUGGAUGUUAGGAAGAACAUCUCUUCUGAAAGAGUGGUCGGGCACUGGCACAGCCGCCCGGGGAGCUGCAGGAGUCAGCGUCCAUGGAAGUGUUCCAGAACCGUGGGGAUGUGGCACUGAGGGACGUGGGCAGCGCGCAGCUGCGGGGGUGGACGGUGGCACUUGGUGAUCUUAGAGGUCUUUGCCAACCAGAGAGAUUCUGUCAUUCUGUGAAUGGAGCCAUUUAUUGCAACGAGAGGUAAUCAGCAGCAAACAACCACAAAGUAAAGCCUCGAGAACAUCACGGGAACACGGAAACACUUGACUGGGAUACUGAUGGAGCCACGGGCCCGGCAGCAUUCAGGUGUGGCCAGGAGGCUGGAUGUGUGGCCCAGUGCCUUCAGCAGCACCAACACGCCGGGUUCCUGCGGGGCUGCGUCCGGCACCGGGCCCCUCACUCUGCACUGGCUGCAGGAGCCACCGCCCUCCUGCUGGGGUGCCCUCACCCCUGUGACGUGUGAUGGCGUCACCGAGGGUGUCAGAGAGGGGCCAUUGUGACGCAUGGGGUGUGGAGCAGAGCUCAGGCUGCGGGGCUCAGGCGGAGCUCAGUGCGACUUGGUGAGGUUGGCACGCAGAGGAGAAAGCCCAGCACUGAUGGGACAGACACUCUGCAAGUGGUUGCCGUCAACGCGCACGGUGUGCGUGGAGACACAGGAGGCUGCUGUCUUGAGGGAGCCUGCAUGUGUGCUCUGUGACCAAGUGGAGGAGGACUUGAGCUUCCUCGGGAACAAAGAAAAGAACUGUGGAUUUUAUUACCAUCCGUUUUGUGCGUUAUUUGCCAAUGGUCUCUGUGAAUUUGUGGAAGGUAACAGCGAGGCACGCUUUUGCACAGAAGACCUGAUACGCACAGUGAGGCAGGCAGAGCAGAAGCUCUGCUUCGUUUGUGGCAAUUCGGGGGCCACCAUCACCUGUGCAGAGACGGGCUGCGACCGCAGCUUCCACUUCCCCUGCACCUCAAAGGGUGACUGCAUCAACCAGUACUUUGUAGAGUUCAGGUCCUUCUGCUGGGAGCACCGCCCGCAGCAGGCAGUGGAGGCAGCGCCGACGCAGGACACGACCUGCAUCAUCUGCAUGGAGCCCGUGGGGGACAGCAGGUCGUACUGCAUCAUGGUGUGCCGAGCCUGCCAACAAGCCUGGUUCCACCAGGCCUGCAUCCAGGAACAGGCCAUGCAUGCCGGCAUUUAUUGCUUCCAGUGCCCCGUCUGCCGAGACUGGACCAGGUUUAUUCCAGACAUGCUCAUUUUGGGGAUCCGAAUCCCAUUCAGACCAAUACGGGACGACAGCAAUGCCUACGCAGCACUACCGGAGAAGGAGAGGAGCUGUGAUACCAUUGACUGCCCUUACCCACGCGGCAGGGAGCAGGCAGAGAGAGAGGGAAGACCAACAUGGGAGGACAGCAGUGCCUAUGCAGCACUACUGGAGAGGCACAGGAGCUGGAAAGCCAUUGACUGCCCAUACCCACGCGGCAGGGAGCAGGCAGAGAGAGAGGGGCUGGUGUCUUUCAGCUUUGGCCAAAGACCAACACAGGAGGACAGACAUGGCUAUGCAGCACUACCGGAGAGGCAUAGGAGCUGUGAUGCCAUUGAGUGCCUUCACCCACGCGGCAGGGAGCAGGCAGAGAGAGAGGGGCCCUGGGAGCUGCUCCUCUGCUGCUCCUGUGCUGCGCAAAGCACCCAUCGGCGCUGUUCCUAUGUGAGUCAGAGCAGAAAGACCUGGGAUUGCAACGCCUGUGCUGGAGAGGGCACCGCCUCCAGCACCCUGUCAUAUCUUGCUAGCCUCAGCACCAUCAGCCAGCAGGGACCAGGGCCAUCCCAAUGCUCUGCGACACCAGAGAGCAGCAGCUCCAACACCUUCAGCCAGGCACCAUCUGGGCCAGCUAACUGUUCCUCCGUGCCUGAGAGCAGCAUCCCGUCCAGCCAGAGCAGGACAGGCCGGAGGAGAAGCAGCCCUCGUUUACAGCGGGAUAAAAAAAGCUUUAAAGAGCCCCGAGGACACCGUGGGGGCAGCCGUAAUGCUGCCCCAAGUGCCGAGAGCAGCACCCUCAACUCUGCCAGACAGGGGACUUCGCGGACCCCGAGGCACUCCCCUGCAGCUGGCUCCAGCCGCGGGCGCAGGCAAGGACGGCGCGCCCAGACAAGAAGCAACUCUCCGUUGCAGCGCCGGGCCACGGGUUCCCCACGCCGGUGCCAAAGACGCCGUGGGACCAGCCGUAAUGCUGCCCCGACUGCCGAGAGCAGCACCCCAAACUCUGCCAGCCAGGGGACUUCGCGGUCCCUGAGGCACUCCCCUGCAGCUGGCUCCAGCCGCGGGCGCAGGCAAGGACGGCGCGCCCAGACAAGAAGCAACUCUCCGUUGCAGCGCCGGGCCACAGGUUCCCCACGCCGGCGCCAGAGACGCCGUGGGACCAGCCGUAACGCUGCCCCGACUGCCAAGAGCAGCACUCCAAACUCUGCCAGACAGGGGACUUCGCGCUCCCCGAGGCGCUCCCCUGCAGCUGGCUCCAGCCGCCGGCGCAGACAAGGACAGCGGGCCCAGACAAGAAGCCGCUCUCCAUUGCAGCGCCGGGCCACAGGUUCCCCACGCCGGUGCCAAAGACGCCAUGGGAGCAGGCAGGCACCAGCCCGUAGCGCUGAGAGACGCACGAACAGACGCAGACAACGGAGAGCACCGAGGUCCUCGAGGGUUUCCGCAGCGGCUGAUGGAAGCCGGUCCAGGCAGCCAGGGAGGGCCCGGACUCGAAGCCGCUCGCCUCUUCAACGUCGGGCUGCAGAAACCCACAGCCAGCCCCAAAGACGCCGCAGGAGCCGGUCCAGGCGGCGACGACCAGCCCAGAGGCGAAGGUACACCCGAGCACCACGCUGGCAGCAGAUUAUUGACAGCUGGUUCCAAUGAUGCCAUAGGAGCAGCCGUGUACCAACUCCACAUGCCGUCUAAAGUCAUCAAAGUCCAUUCCAUCACAAUAAAACAGAGUUCCAUCA